GGAUUAAGACAUGUGUCUAAACUAAUAGAUUUAGAGUUUUUUUCCCGUUGGAAGGAAAUCGUUUUCAGACUGAAACAGCUGGCUCGGCUGCUACCAUGGACGAACCCUCCAUAACUCUCCAUAUCAAGUUCGGAAGUGAUUCUUUGCAGGCAGCGCUCCCCGCGACAGCAAGCGUGAAAGAUCUGAAAGCUCACCUUCAAUCUCUGACCAACGUCCUUCCACGAGGACAGAAGCUCAUUUUCAAAGGUAAAAUUCUGGAGGACAGUGUCACAUUGAAGGCUGCGAACCUCUCAGAUGGCUCAAAGAUUAUGCUUAUGGCUUCACAUGGAGUGCACCAAGGGGGAGGUCUUAUCAAGAAAGAUUCUCCUCAAACAGUGUCUAAAAAGGGAUUGGAAGCAAAGCCAACAAGAAAACUCAAUCUUGAAAAGGCUACAGAUAUAACUAGAUUGCAGCGUUGGAAAGCUACUGGGGUUAUCUCACUUUUUGAAAGUGGUUUGGAGGUAGUACCAGAAGAUGUAUUUGCAGUUGGGCCUUCAACACGAGUACUAGAUAUUGGUGAUAACUGCUUGCAAGAAGUACCAGCUGAAAUUGGAAACCUCACCAAUUUACAAAAAUUACGUCUCACUGCAAAUAAUCUCUCAGAUGACAGAAUCAAGUGGCAAGGCCUUGUUUCUUUGAAAUGUUUGACGGUUCUUGCAUUAAACUCUAACAGGCUUUGUCAAUUGCCUGCUGAAAUUGGAAUGUUGAUUUCCCUGAAGCAGCUCAAUCUGGCACAGAAUAACCUGGCCAGCAUACCAGAGGAGGUUGGACAGCUGCAACAACUUCAAAUUUUAAAUCUUAACAAUAACUGUCUAAAAGCAUUGCCUUUGACCAUUGGACAUUGUUGCUCUCUGCUGGAGGCUGACUUUUCCUCAAAUCUCCUUGGGGAGAUACCAAGUACGUUGGGAAACCUACAAAAUAUAAAGGUAUUACAACUGGGAAACAAUGGAUUAAGAUCGUUUCCAACAAAUGUUUUGAAGGGCUGUUCACAACUUUCUACUCUGGACCUACAUGGCAACGAGGUUACAAUAGAGGAUCUCCGUGAGGUUGAAGGGUGGGUAGAGUUUGAUGAGCGUAGGAGAUCCAAGCAUAGUAAACAAAUAGAAUUUGGUGUCAUGGGUUCGAGUGGGUUUGAUGAAGGAGCUGAUUCACAACAUUGGAACCAAUGGUGACCUGCAUAAAAUUAAGUGGAGGUAGAAUAUUUGAAGCUAUUAGUUGGACAUGGUAAUGGUGGCUUGCAUAUAAUUAAGGGGAGGUGGAAUAUUUGAAGUUAUUAUUUGCACAAAAUUGCCACUUAAGUGUUUUAGGAAGGGUCUUGGUAGGUCAUCAUUCUAUCUGUCACAAAUACUGGAGUGUAUUGAUAGUGCCAUGCAGGCCUUUGUAUUAUUCAUGUUUAUCUCCCUUUUUACCAAAGCAAUAUGUGAUGAUACCGUUACAUGGCUAUAAAUUAUUUCCUUACAAUUCAA